AUGGUGAAAGGCCUCAAUCUGACGGGCGUGACGCAGUUCGUCUCGGCGGUGCUCAAGUCGCCCAAGCUGCUCGUACCCCACCUUUCGGUCAAGGACAUUAAUGACAUCCCGUUCGCCAAGCUCCACGCGCUCGGCUUCAAGGGCGUCGUCUUCGACAAGGACAAUACGCUUACCGUGCCGUACAAGCGCGAGAUUGUCCCGCGUGUGCAGGACGCGGUGAACGACUGCCAAUCGGUCUUUGGCUAUGAUCGCGUGCUCAUUUUCUCCAAUUCGGCCGGCUCGAGCGACGAUGCGCCGGCCUUUACGCACGCCAGCGAGACCGAAGACAGCCUGCGCAUGAAGGUGCUGUGCCACGGCACCAAGAAACCCAACGGCAUCGAAGCGCUGACGUCGGAGCUCCAAGUGGCGCCGCACGAGCUCGUCAUGGUCGGCGACCGCUACUCGACCGAUGUGCUCUUUGGCAACUCCAACGGCAUGCUCACGAUUCGUACCGAGCAGCUCGACAAGAGCGGCGAGUCGAUGCUCAAUCUGACGAUGCAAGCGAUCGAAAACUCCAUCGUGGGUCGGCUCUAUGCGCGUGGUGUCGAGGCGCCCGCCCACGCCUUGUACAGCAAAGACCAGUAG